AUGGCUGGCAUGGCAGCCACCCUGCAUCUUCGCAGUAAGCUUCCUCCGUUGCGCAUGAAGCCCUCCCCGUUUCAUCCCCAGAUGCCAACUAUGUCGCUCAUUCAUCGGAUGACAUGGCUGUUGAUAACUAUCGCUUCUUUACGGCUGGGGGUGUCCGCACAGACAACUACAACGGAGGCAAGUGCCACAGCGACUCAAACGUCGUCGAAAGGAGCCGCAACACAUACUAUCCAGGUUGGACCGCGGAGUGACCCGCAUCAGUAUGUACCCAGCAGCGUCAACGCAUCUGUCGGCGACGUAAUUGUCUUCGAAUUCUAUCCGCGAAACCAUUCAGUAGUAAGAGCAGACUACGAUGCACCAUGUGUGCCUGCCCAGACCAGUGGUCCCGUCUUCUACUCCGGCCAUUUCAACAAAUUCAACGAAGAGAAUGGACAGGUGAUAGGACCGACCGCCAAUAUGACGUGGGAGCAUCAAAACAAGAAAGCGAUCAAGUACCCCUACCAGCUUGAACCAUGGGAGCACGUUCCUGCCGAAGGCGAGACUCCCAACUCAUCAGCGACUUCCAGCCCCUCGCCGUCCUCGUCCGGAAGUCACCUCAGCGGCGGCGCCAUAGCCGGGAUCGUCGUUGGAGCCGUCGCAUUCAUCGGACUGCUCGUGGCAUUUUUCUUCGUCAUGGGCCGGAACCAAGUCUACAAGAAGUGGAUGACAUCGCAGGAUGGGACCACGGAGCGGACCGCUCGCUGGGCUCUAUUCAACAGCCACGGGGAACGCAAGAGUGACUUCGAUAGCGCGCAGCCUCCUGGCGACCAAGCGACGUAUAUGCCGAGCCCGGAUCUCGCCAAUCGCACGUACAUGUCCGGUCAAGGACAAUAUGGCUGGGAUCCGUCGAUGUACCAGUCUAUGCCGCAGUCACCGCCGCCAAGAAAUGUAGCACCCACCGAGCUGGAGGCACCCGAUUCCGCAGUUCACUAUCGGACCGAUGGAAGGUGA